UUUGCAUACGGGCGUGUGGGCGGUGAGGGCGAAAGAGCAGCAAAUCCAAACGGCUUUUUGAGGGACGGCGCGGAUUUUCAAAAGCAGUAAAAUGGAGGCCGAGACCAAGUCACCAGACGCCUUCAAAACCCCGUGUAAACCGGCCAAGAUGAAGAGUCCUGGUAGUGCAUGUGGAACUCCGGUAACGAUUCCAGCAUCUCCCUUCAUGAAGAAGCUCGGCUGUGGUACGGGUGUGAACGUCUACCUCAUGAGCAGAAAUGGAAAACAGACUCAGUCACCAUGGGCCAUUAAGAAGAUCAACAGCAAGUGUGCAAAGACUCAGAUGAACGUCUACCAGAAACGGUUGUGUGAGGAGGCAAAGGUCUUAAAGGACCUGCAACACCCAAAUAUUGUUGGUUUCCGGGCGUUCACCACGGCGAAAGACGGCUCAAAGUGUUUGGCGAUGGAGUACGGAGGGGAGAAGUCUCUCAAUGAUCUGAUUGAAAAGAGGAGAGAGGAGGGCUUUCAGGCCUUCCCGGUUGCCGUUAUUGAAAAAGUGGCUCUUCAUGUAGCUCGUGGUUUGCAGUAUCUGCACAACGAAAAAAGGCUGCUGCACGGAGACAUGAAAUCCUGCAACGUGGUCAUUAAAGGUGACUUCGAGAGCAUCAAAAUCUGCGACGUGGGUGUUUCCCUCAAACUAGACGAAAACAUGCAGGUGAGCAACCCGAAGGCGCGCUACAUCGGUACUGAGCCGUGGAAACCCAAAGAAGCACUGGAGGAAGGAUUAAUCACAGACAAAGCUGAUAUCUUUGCAUAUGGACUCACCCUGUGGGAGAUGAUGACCCUCUCUGUGCCUCACCUAGAGCUACUCGACAGCGAUGGUGACUGUGAUGAUGACGACUCCUUCGACGAGGACGACUUUGACGAGGAUGCGUAUUAUGAGAGGCUGGGAACCCGUCCCCCGCUGGAUGCAGCCACUCUGGGUGGCGCCUACCAGAGGAUGGUGGAGCUUUUCUGCCUCUGUACUGAGGAAGAACCCAGCAAAAGACCUUCAGCUGCUCAUAUCAUUCAGGCCCUGGAGUCUAACAGCCAGCUGUAUGAUAAACACAGCGAGGUGAUCAUCAUAGAUUAACAUCUGCUCACGUGUACCACGGGUCUUCAGUGAUCUUUUCUUACUGUGCUGUCUCCGUCUGUCCUCAUUUCUGUGUUAUUCUUUCCUGUUUUUGUUUCUAUACCCGUCUCUGAACUAUACAGAAGUUACUAUACAGGUAUCACAUACAAGUGUAUGUAGAUUAGACUCGUCUGACAUAUUAAACUGUUUAAUUAAAUAAAGUUUGAGGGUU